AUGACAAUUGUUUUACAGCAUUUAAAAAAACCCAACCAGAAAUUGGAUGCUUCAGAAUUUCCAAAUGCUCUCAAAACCUCUUUUGACACGUUGUGCAAACUGUUGAGGAAGAAACCAUCAGAGGAAAGAAAGAAGAUAUUGCAGGUACUUUUUGCGAGUACCAAGUACGACCGACCAGACCUUCGCCAUGAACCCAUCGCGGUGCAGCAGGUGGAGCGGGUGCUGGUGGCGGCGGCCAACUGCGUGCACGCCAUGGACGCCGCGCAGAGCGACGACUUCGCCGCGCGCGUGCACCAGCUCAUAGCGCGCAAGGUGCACGUGCUGUGGGCGCUCUACGCGCACCACCACCACUGA